UGAGGAGAAGGAUGCGACUUUUGAGAAAAUGGCAGAGAAAGUUUCUCAGGCUGCUGAGGCAGCCAAGAUAUUUGUUGAUGCUGCCCCGGGGGAGGAGGUUGCAGGUCCCACCCCUCCUAUUGCCCCAGCCUCAGCCCCAGCCUCAACCUGUGCCCCAGCCUCAGCCCCAGCCUCAGCGUCAGCCCCAACACCAACCCCAACACCAGCCUCAGCCUUAGCCCUUGAGCUCGCCGACUUGAUUGAGCGGUUGGACAGAGUCGAGGGUCGACAGGAGACCCUCUUGAAGAACCAGUCAGUGAUCUUGGACGUACUCAGUCAGAUCCUGACAUUUGUUAAGGAGAAACCGAGGGGGUCCAAUGAAGAUUCAGAGUCAGAGUCAUUGGAUAUUCCGCUAGACUAUGUUGAUGAUCCAACGACGCCUCCUACCAUCAUUGUGAUACCAGAUGCUGAGACUCCGGGAGUCGUUAUUGUCAACCCUGAGGAUGUUGCUGGGGUUCAGUUUCAGAGGGCUAGACGCCAAAGACGCAAGCCAGAUUGGUUUGAGGACUAUACGGAUCCCACGAGAAAAAGACCUCGCACUGCUGCAGCUGCACUAGCAGACGAGGCUACACAAGAGGCUACACAUGUGCUGGACCCUCUCAAGAAGCCAGAUCCCAAACAGUAUAGGACAAUGUGCAAGUGGCUUCUUGGAGACAUGCCCAACAAGACCCCGCGGGAUGUAAAGACUAGGAGUCACGGUCCAGCGUGGUUUCUGACGUUGAAGACACCCCAGUCGUGGCUCAAUGAUGGGCAUAUUGAUGCGGCAGAACACAUGCUUCGUAUGCGUCGCAAGUAUUUUCCCAAUAUAUAUCGACAGAAUGCAGUUGUGAUGAACAGUUAUUUCUCACAAGUGAUACCUGCCCGAUAUGAUCAGUACAAGCAAACAGCCGAAAAAACAAAGUAUUAUUGGGAUGCUGACAUUAUGUCCAUGUUGACCGGCAUCGAGCAGCAGUUUCUGGCAUCUUGGGGAGGAGUUGAGGAUGUAUAUUGGUGCCAGAACUAUGGACAACAACAUUGGUUUGCCAUUGAGGCUUCCAUUUCUAGUUGGACUCUGACUGUUUAUGAUUCGGACAACUCGGUGAUUAGUGACGCAAAGCUUGAGGAUAUUAUGAGUCCAUGGUGCUUUAUGCUUCCUUCUCUGUUAAUGCAGAGUAAACUGUUUACUGAUAGCUUGAUGUUGAAGAUUCCAUCAGCAGGAAAUAGGCCGCAUUAGUUCACAUUGCGUCGCAAACAGAAACACGAGCUCCCUCAGUCAAAGAGAAGGUAACAAACAUCAUCUUCAUACUAAUUUUGUUUCUAACUAAAUUUAUAGUAAUGUGCACUUAAUAUUUACUUUUUUCUUUACAGCGGGGAUUGUGGUGUGUAUGCUAUCAAGUAUAUUGAGCAUCUAAUGGUUGGUCUUCCAUUGGAAACUAUUUGCGAUGAAAAUAUGGAGGUGUUCAGGAACAAGUGGACCACAGACUUGUGGUAUCAAAAUUUGUUACCUUGAUGAUUGUAUAUAUACAGGGUCUUUACAUGUACAGUUUGUUGUUCACAUUUUUUUAUAACUUUCAUGGGCUGUUAUCGAGCUAA